AUGGCGCCUAAAAAGAAAAGUUUAGUCUGGAAGUUGUACGACAGAAUUGAUGACAAUACAUCUAAAUCAGGUGUCGCAGGAGAACCUGUGGCACGUGAAGUGCUAAAACUGGCUCUGCAAGAAAUUACGAAAAGAAUGGGUUCCAUUGAACAUGUAACUCCUCUUGCUAUAGCAAACAUUUUAGACCCACGUUUUAAAAAAAAUCACUUUAACGAUGCAAUAGCUUGUAGAAAUGCUGUAUCGAAAAUUAAAGAUUUAAUGAAGAUUCAUUUGCGUCAAAUUGAAGAAAUCGAGUCAGACUCGGAUAAGUCUGAUAAAAGUGAAGAGACAUUUUCAUUAUGGAAAGAUCAUUACAAACUGGUACAUCGCAAUUGGAAGAGUAAUAAAUCUGAAGAUAGCUUGUCGGAUGAACUUUCAGUUUAUCUGUCCUGUCCUGUUGGACGACUUAACGACAAUCCUCUAGAAAUUUGGAAAGAUUACAAAAUACAGUUUCCAAUAUUGCAUAAAAUUGUCUUUAAAUAUCUAACAAUGGUGGGCACAUCAGUGCUAUCAGAAAGACAGUUUUCGCAAGCGGCGCAGGUAAUGACUCAACAAAGGAAUAGAGUAAAGGGUAAAAGAUUGCGUAAAAUUUUGAUUUGUAAAAGGGAAUAUAUUAUUAAUAAAUUGAUAAUAAAGUUAUUUUAA